GUAAACAGGAGAGUUUCAGUGGGAGUUUACAGGAGGAGUUUGCAGGGGAGACUGAGAGACCAAGGCAGAGGAACUGACAGGCUAGUGAAGAGAAUGGGUGGUGGUCUGCUGGUGUUCUGGUGCCUGUUGGGGGUUUGGUUUGGUUUGUGUUUCCUGGACUAACAGAUUUUAGGUGGGAAGGCUAUGACCGAUACAGAGGCAGCAGUGAAAGACACAAUGAGGAUGACUGGAUGUGGAAGCUCCGGCAUGUACAUGAUCCUGGAGGGGGUACCUGAAAAGAGUUUUGUCUGCAUGAAGUGCCGCCUGAUAGAGCUGAUGGAAGAAAAGAUCCGAGGAUUUGAGAGGCAGGUGGAAACUCUGGUUGAGUUUAGAAGGGGGUCCGAGCAGAUGAUGGAGUAAAGACAUGAGGAGGAUGAAGGGAAAAGCUCAGACUUGCAGAGGGAAGCAGGACCAAAGAAUUCUGAGGGGAGACUGCUGGGUGAGGAAAGUGGACGGUGGAAGCAUGUGACUAAGAGAACCAGGCAGAGGAAGAGACGGGCCAGUGAAGGAGAAAUAGAGCUCAGGAACAGGUUUGCAGAGUUGGAAAAUGAAGAAGGGCCACUAAGGUGGUCGCUAAGGUGAGAGGACAAGGAAGAAGAGAAGAGUAGUUAGUCCUAUAGGAAGGGAGGAAGAGUCAAUGGAGACAACACCAAAUAUGAGCUCCAGGAGGAUACGGGGUGGGUUGCGGAGGAUUGCAAGGGACAAUAGAAAUUGAGAGGACUUGCAGCCAGAGGGAACGGGGAUAGACCGGAGAAUUGCACCAUCACUAGGAAAAGGCAGGUCUACGUGAUUGGGGACUUCUUACUGAGAAGAAUAGACAGGCCUGUAACUAGAGCUGAUCGGGAGAACAGAAGGGUGUGCUGUCUGCCGGGUGCUAAGAUACGGGAUGUGGACCUGAGGCUGAAGAGGAUCCUAACAGGAGCGGGAAAGAAUCCGCUGAUUGUCCUUCAUGUGGGAACGAAUGAUACAGCUCGAUUCUCACUGGAACGUAUCAAGGGAGACUAUGCCAGACUGGGGAAGAUGCUUAAGGAAAUUGAGGCUCAGGUGAUCUUCAGUGGGAUUCUGCCUGUUCCUAGAGAAGGGCAACAAAGGUGUGACAAGAUUAUGGCUACCAACAGAUGGCUCCGGCAGUGGUGCUAUAAGGAGGGCUUUGGGAUGUAUGGCCACUGAGAAGCAUUCAUGGACAGAGGACUGUUCUCUCGGGAUUGACUUCACCUACAUACAGACACAAACCGAGAGGCAGAAGAUUGUGUCUGAAUUUCAGCAACUGAGGAACUUCCUGGAGGAACAAGAGUGACGUCUGCUGGCCCAGCUGGCAAACCUGGAAAAGGAGAUUGUGAAGAUACAGAAUGAAAAUGUCACUAAACUCUCUGAGGGGAUUUCCUGUCUCAGUGACCUGAUUAGUGAGAUGGAGGGGACGUGUCAGAAGCCAGUGAGCGAAUUCCUGCCGGAUAUCAGACGCACCUUGAGCAGGUGUGAGAUGGGGAAGUUCCAGCAGCCGGUGGAGCUUUCUGCUGAGCUGGAAAAGAGAUUCAGCGAUUUCUCCCAGAAAAAUGUUGCUCUACCGGAGACUAUGAAGGAGUUCAAAGGUACCAAGAAGGAAUCCAGGAGGAGAAAUCAGAAUGUGUCUCUGGGACUGUGGGUGGAGUUAGCCAGUUGGUUCGUUAUCUCAACAUGCUGCACUCUGAACUGGAGGUAAAAAGAGGGAAAUUCCUGGGAUCAGACAGACCAGGUGAGAUUUCACGUGGAGAUUAUCUUUAAAUGAAGAUGAAAAUCCCAUGAAAACAUUUUCAUAAACUUUUAGCACAAGUUCCCAAUGAAACCAACCCUGACCAUGACACUCUCCCUAAAAAUAAAAACACAAACAUGAAAUACUGAGGCGAUCCCAAGCAAUUGUCAAACAAACAAUCCUGGCACCAGCCUUGGUGCUGAGUUCAUGCCUGUGCUCUCUCAGCGUCCUUAACGCUGACCUUGCCGUUCCCAGGCACAUCCACAUGUCUUUGAAAUAUUCAGUUCAGAGGACUGCCACAUUCCCCUCUUUUCCCCUGAGUGAGGGUCUCUCUCCAAUUGCUCCUCACCAACAUCCUGCCUUUCUUUUCAGCAGGGCUGGGCUGAGCUCACCCCUUUGACCUGCUCACUCCUCCCUCUGAUGCUGGCACCUCUCUCGCUGGGGAAGGAGCUACCCCUCCCAAGGCCACCUCCUCUUCACCACUCUCUGGCCUUGAGAGGUUCUCUCUAAUAUCCCCUUCCCUUCACUUCUCCCAGCCUAGUGAGAAGAGCUGCCAGGAUGGGCUCAGGGUGUGCUUCCCCCUGGGGUUUAUAUCUGUCGCCUCCCUCCUCUUAUUCCCCUCACUGCAACUUCAGGUUUUGACCUUCCUCUAAUCCUGAGAGAGGAUCAGCCCCAGCAGGAAGAUGCAGCCAGGAAACGGGGAGAGAAGCAGUUUCUGAAACCAUCACAGCAGCUCCAACAGCCAGGGGGAGGAACUGCUUGGGCAUCUCUGCUUGGCCUCAUGCAAUCAGCUGCCAAGUAUCAAACCUGUGUUGCAUCAGAGAAAAUGAAGACUUUCUGGAUAGAAGCCAGCGUUUGGUACGGCAGGUGCAGCAUGCUGAAGAAUCGGAGAGGGCAGUGUAGAAUGGGAAAGAAAGUUGGCAGCAGGUGACCUCCAGGAGGAGAACCCAAUGCACCCCCAAUUCAGAUAGAGGUAAGAAGCCAUUUUCAGGCUCUCUACAUGGGUACUAUGGCAGAGAAUGACUUGGAAGAGUUAUUGGAGGGAAGGAGACCCCAUCGACCAGAAAGCAUGGGAUGCAUUGUGCUAGGGAUGGGGGUUCCACAACCACCAAUCCCAAGAGGAGGAGAUGGGUGGUGGUGGUCGGGGACUCCCUCCUAAGGGGGACGGAGUCAUCCAUCUGCCAUCCAGACCGGGAGACUCGAGAAGUGUGCUGCUUGCCUGGAGCUAGAAUUCAGGAUGUGAUGGAAUGUCUGCCGAAACUGAACAAGCCCUUGGACUGCUACCCCUUCCUACUUCUCCAUGUGGACACCAAUGAUACAGCCAAGAAUGACCUUGAUCAGGUCACUGCACACUACAUGGCUCUGGGAAGAAGGAUAAAGGAGUUUGAGGUGCAAGUCGUGUUCUCGUCCAUCGGUCCUGGAGAAGGAAAAGGCCCAGGUAGGGACCAUCGAAUUGUGGAGGUAAAUGCAUGGUUACGCAGGUGGAAUUGGAGAGAGGGCUUUGGAUUCUUCGACCAUGGGAUGUCGUUCCAGGAAGGAUUGGUAGGAAGAGAUGGGAUCCACCUAACGAAGAGAGAGAAGAACAUCUUCAUAGGUAGACUCUCUCCAAUUUUUCCACAUCCUCCUUGUAGUGUGGGGCUCAAAACUGGACACAGUACUCCAGAUGAGGCCUCACCAAUGUCGAAUAGAGGGGAAUGAUCACUUCCCUCGAUCUGCUGGCAAUGCCCCUACUUAUACAGCCCAAUAUGUCAUUAGCCUUCUUGGCAGCAAGGGCACACUGCUGACUCAUAUCCAGCUUCUCGUCCACUGUAACCCCUAGGUCUGUUUCUGCAGAACUGCUACUUAGCCAUUCGGUUCCCAGCCUGUAGCAGUGCAUGGGAUUCUUCCAUCCUAAGUGCAGGACUCUGCACUUGUCCUUGUUGACCUCAUCAGAUUUCUUUUGGCCUAAUCCUCUAAUUUGUCUAGGUCCCUCUGUAUCCUAUUCCUAUCCUCCUGCUUAGCUACCUCUCCUUCCCGGAAGUGGGAUACUGGGAGCAAAUGCAAGGAGGGUGCAACAGGGGAGGCUUCCUGAUUCGUACUGUUAAAGUAGGGCAAUUGGCUAGUUAUCUUAGGUGCAUGUACACGAACGCAAGAAGCCUGGGAAACAAGCAGGAAGAAUUGGAAGUCCUGGCAGAGUCAAGGAACUACGAUGUGAUUGGAAUAACAGAAACUUGGUGGGGCAGUUUGCAUGACUUAAGCACUGUCAUGGAUGGGUAUAAACUGUUCAGGAAGGACAGGCAGGGAAGAAAAGGUACAGGAGUUGCACUGUGUGUAAAAGAGCAAUAUGAUUGCUCAGAGCUCCAGGAUGAAACUGGAGAAAAACCUCUUGAGAGUUUUGGGGUUAAGUUUAGAGGCGAGAGCAAGGGUGAUGUCGUGGCAGGAGUGUGCUAUAGACCACCAGACCAGGAGGAUGAGGUAGAUGAGGAAAGAGAAGUUUCCAGAUCACAGUCCUUAGUUCUCAUGGAGGACUUCAAUCACCCUGACAUCUGCUGGGAGAGCAAUACAGCAGUGCACAGACAAUCCAGGAAGUUUUUGGAGUGUGUUAGGGACAACUUCCUGAUGGAAGUGCUGGAGGAACCAACCAGGGGCCAUGCUCCUCUUGACCUGCUGCUUACAAACAAGGGAGAAUUUGUAGGGGAAGUAGAAGCAGGUGGCAGCCUAGGAGGAAGUGACCAUGAGAUAGUCGAGCUCAGGAUCCUGACAAAAGGAAGAAUGGAGAGUAGCAAAAUAUGUACCCUGGACUUCAGAAAAGCAGACUUUGACUCCCUCAGGGAACUGAUGGGCAGGAUCCCCUGGGAAGCUAACAUGAGGGGGAAAGGAGUCCAGGAGAGCUGGCUGUAUUUUAAAGAAGCCUUAUUGAGGGCGCAGGAACAAACCAUCCCAAUGUGCAAACAGAAUAGCAAAUAUGGCAAGUGACCAUCUUGGCUUAACAGUGAACUCUUCUGCGAUCUUAAACACAAAAAGGAAGCUUAUAAGUGGAAACUUGGACAAAUGACUAGGUAGGAGUAUAAAAUAUUGCUUGAGCAUGCAGGGGUGUAAUCAGGAAGGCCAAAUAUUAGGAAACACUAUUUCACUGAGAGGGUGGUGAAGCACUGGAAUGGGUUACCUAGGGAGGAGGUGGAGUCUCCAGCCUUAGAGGUUUUUAAGGUCAGGCUUGAUGAAGCCCUGGCUGGGAUGAUUUAGCUGGGGUUAGUCCUGCUUCAAGCAGGGGGUUGGACUAGGUGACCUCCUGACGUCUCUUCCAACCCUAAUCUUCUAUGAUUCACUCAGGCCAGAGAGGCAGCUCCCCAGGAUGGCGUUACAACUCAGAGAUCAUGCACCCUAAUCUCUUCGACCCUUUUCCCCUCCAGACUCUUUGCCAUCGGAGCUAGGGCAGGGAAGGGGGGAUCUCUGGUUGCUCAGCCAAUGGGUAAGCUCUGGUGGAGACUUUCCUUCGAUUAACUGAAAAUCCCAUGAAAACAACUCUCCCACACACCAAUAACCAGACUCACUCUCAUUGGCCAGCACCCGAAUCUCCUUAAUUGUGACCUGGUCAUUUGUACUGACAUUGGCGUAUCUGUCUAACAUUACAUUCAGGGAGAUCAGUAGAGAGAUCUCUCUCUUCAUGGCUGUCACGUCCUUCCCCUUUCCACCUGGGGGAGAGACUCUCCCCAAGGCUCUUCUCCAGCAUCCCACCUUUCCUUUGGGCAGGACUUGGCUCUCUCAUUGAAGCUGCUUUGUGGAUUGGAAAGAUGCUGUUUGUCUAAUGCUACCAGUUCCAGUCCUCUCUUCUCUCUGGGCAGGGAAAGGGGCUGCCCCAUCUAAUGCCACUUCCUGCUCACUGGCCUUGAUUCAUUGGCUCCCUUCCCAGUCCUGCAUGUUCAUCUUUGCUCCCUGGCCUGGGAGUGGAGGAUGCAUUUACGGGAGGGAGCUUCCCUCUGGGAUUCCAAGUUGGUACCUGCCUCCUCUGACCCCCCUAAUUAAAAGCUGCAGCCUCUAAAAUGGAAGAAGAAGGUGCAGACGUGGUUUCCAUUAUACGACUGAGGAAUGCCAGUGACAUCUCUGUUCAGUCUCAGGUCCCCAGGACAGAAGCACCUUCCAGGGAUCCUGGAAUGUCCCAGUCAGAGUGGGUCUGCUGGGGACCAUCAGACAUGGUCCCAGACUCCUCUAAGGCUGAGCUCUGCUUCUAAUGCUCUGAUUCUUUCUCUCUCUCUCUCUCCCUCGUGAAUGUGACUCUGGAUCCAGACACGGCUCAUCCCGAACUCGUUCUGUCUGAGGAUUGGAAAAGUGUGAGAUGGGGAGACACAUGGCAGGAUCUGCCCGACAAUCCUGAGAGAUUUGACUCUGAUCCCUGUGUGCUGGGCUAGGAGGGAUUCACCUCAGGGAGACACUCCUGGGAGGUGGAGGUGGGGGAUGGAUUAUUCUGGGCUGUGGGGGUGGCCAGAGAGUCUGUGAAGAGGAAGGAAGGGGUCAGUUAUAACCCUGAGGGAGGGAGCUGGGCAGUGGAGCAGAGCUGGUGGGGUCAGUACCAGGCUCUCACCUCCCCUGGGACCCCCCUGCCCCUGAGCUGCGGCCCCAGGAGGAUCCGGGUUUCACUGGACUAUGAAUGAGGGCAGGUGACAUUUUUUGAUGCUAAUAACGAGACCCCGAUCUUUACUUUCCCACCAGCAUCUUUCAAUGGGGAGAGAAUCCGCCCCUGGCUCUCAGUGGGGUUGGAAACCCAGUUCAGACUGUGCCCCUGAGACACAUGGGGAAUAUUCCACUGAAUAUUGAAAUCAGCCUCUCUAGCCUCACACAUGAUGCUGGAGGACACUAGUCUUCUUGCAGGCUCCUGGGGUCUCAGGUCUGGACUGUCAAACUACAGCCAUCAGGGAGCGAUUGAGGCAGAGAAAUCAAUCUCAUUGCCCCAUGGAUUGUACUGCCUGUUUGUCACUGGCCUCUAUGGUUCUGGGGACCCUGGGUCAGACUGUGUCACUGAGAUAUCAGGGGAGUAGCCCUCUGAGAAUUUAAAACAAAAGUGGGGGCUUCUCUAGCCACCAUCAUCCCAGCAUCUGGGGGACUCUCAACUAUCUAGCUCCCUGACUCAUCUUUAUGAGCCUGGAGGAGUCCUGUCUACCCAACCCCCGAUACCUCAUCUCUGGGACACCUGGGAACUCUUCCCCUCCCUCCCUGCAGCCCCAGGGAUGGGAAGAGGUAGGGGUGAAGAACCCCUGGAUCAGCAGGAGGAGCAAAUGGGCCCUGAGGGGCAGAUGUGGGGGCAGUGGGGGCAGAACUGAUGGAGAGACAGGAGGCUGAAGUGAUGGGCCUGGGGAAAGAAUUAAUAGCUUGGCAGGGGACAGGAAGCUGUCAGGAAGCUGGAGGUGGCAGGGACACAGAGUUAAUUAAUUAAUUAGGGUUUGAGUCUUGGGGACAAGAUGGAGGCACCGCACCAGCAGGGAGCCUGGGAGAAGGAGACCCAGUGACUGAAGCAUGUGACUUCCAUGCCCUCAAGGAAAGGGACGCUAGGGUGGGAAAGAGUUUGGGGUUUUCUGAAAGAGAAAAGAAAAAUAAAGUGAAUAAACAAAGACGCGCCGGGAGGGUGGAGGGAGGCUAAAGUGAAGAGUGAAAGCAAAGCAAUCGUGAGACUGGGAAAGCUCAGGGGGCAACAAGAGGUGAGAAGAUAAACUCAGGGCAGAGAACUGGCAACGUGAGCUGGAGAGAUCUGUGAUCAGGAACAGAGGAGACUGAGGGGAACACAGGGAAAUAAACAGGGAUGGAAAACGAGGGCCAGAGAAAAUGGUGUGUAAAACCAAAUCAAAUGAAAGAAAAGGGGGAAGAAAAGAGAAUGCGAGAGGGGAGAGGGAGUUUUUUAAAAUGUUACUGAUGUUAUGGAAAUUCUCUCUCAGCUCCUUUUCAGCCUGACUUUUACGUAUUGCAAAUGAAGCAUAUUUAUUCCUUGUUUAUUUCCUUUUAAUUUCCUUGCUGUCAUUUUUGAAGGCAGUCAUGGGUUUCCCCCUGGCCUUUUCCUUAAUUGGUUGUAUUCACUCCCUCUAGCCUCACACACCCCAGUCACUCUGACCCUGGAGGACUAUUGUCAUCCUGCAGACUGUCUACUGUGCCGUCUCUGUGACCUUAAAUGCUACAAUCUUUGUACUGUCAAACCAGAGAGAACAGGGCGUGAUUGAGAUAGAAAAGGCAAUUUCCUUGCCUUACGGCUUGUGUAGUCUGUUUUUCACUCCCCUCUAUGAUCAAGAAGGACUCUGGCAGCCUCUAGGGUCAGACCCUGAUAGAUAGGGACCCAGGCAUGGUGGAAUGAAGGCGAAGGGAACAGGAAAUGACAGACAUAGAAGAGAGUGACCGGGAGCUUAAUAAUACAGUUGAAAGCAACAGUGUCAUUCAUGUAACGCAGUAGUUCAUCACACGUGGAGCCAUUUAAAAGUCUUUACAAAUGACACGUUGCACAAACUGGGUCCCUGGUUCCUUUUCUGAUUAUUAAAUAAUCAGGCCUAGGUAGACGAUGUCCUCACAUUUAUAGUAAACAAACAAUUUUCAAUAAAUGUAAAGUUAUUUUC